CAAUCUGUGUCCAUGUCUGUUCUUUUGUGGGGACUCUCUGUUGCAAUCUGGUGAGAAUUGUGUUUUCCUGUGUACAGAGUGUUGUAAGGGAUCCUGAACUGGAAAGUAAAGGUAACUCUGGAGUUAGAGAGAGAGACAUCAGCAGACAAGAUAAUGGAUCGAGUUUCAUACACUCAGAAUAACCCGCUGUUUGGCAUUACACUCAGCAGAAGUGAUCUCUCCAGUUUCCAGCCAGUCGAUCCGAAGCCAGCUAGGCCCAGAAGACAGUGGUGUUUUAAUGUGGUUGUUGUUUACCUGAUCUUGCAGACUGCCCUCAAUGCCUUUCUCCUUUAUAAAGUUUUCACAUUGGAGUCUUCACUGUCUGGGGCUAGAAUGGAAAAGUUGAAAGGUGAUCACAUUGGUCCGGAUGGGGAUCAGCAUGAAGACUUUAAAACUCUCAUCCACAACAACAGUCAAGAAACCAAGACCCUAUGGGCCCUGCAAAACCAGUUGAACAGUCUGUGUGGAGAAGAUGGUCAGCUGGACAUGCUAAGGGCUGACCUGAGUCUGCUCAACAUAAGCACCCGCAACUUGGAGGCCAAAAUGACAACCAUCAAUCUCAAACCAGGGCCUCCAGGUUCUCCAGGAACAGAUGGACUGCCAGGACAUCCAGGGGGACCUGGAGAAAUGGGCCUCAAAGGUGACAUUGGUGUUGCUGGCCCUCCAGGACCAGAAGGUGUCAGGGGACCUAAUGGACAACCUGGAGAGACAGGAGUUGCUGGGCAAACUGGGCCAAUUGGAUUCACUGGACCUCCUGGACCCACUGGGGCCCCAGGAAAUCAAGGUCCAGGUGCAAAGGGAGAAAAGGGAGAACCUGGGACCCCAGGCCCUCAUGGUGAAACAGGGAAUUCUGGCCAAAAAGGAUCUUCGGGAGUUUCUGGUGUUCCUGGGCACAAAGGAGAAAAAGGAGAUCUUGGACUUGUUGGUCCACCGGGACCUCAAGGUCCUUCCGGACCACCAGGGACUAAAGGAGACAUGGGAGAGCAAGGAAACCCAUCAGGGUUGAAUGUGCGUCUUGUGCCCGGGAGAUCCCGAGGGCGAGUGGAGGUGAGGAACAAUGGCCUCUGGGGAACCGUGUGUGACGACAGCUUUGACACGGUGGAUGGCAGGGUGAUCUGUAAGAUGCUUGGCUUCCAAUCUGCCAUUUCCACCUACACUGCCAGCCCAGGGUCUGGUAAGAUCUGGUUGGACGAGCUACGAUGCCUAGGAACAGAGUCUGAUAUCUUUGACUGCCCACACAGUGGAAUUGGUGUUAACAACUGCCAACACAACGAAGAUGCUGGUCUGCACUGCGUCUAGAAUGAUACAGUACAUAUACAUGUAGACAGUACAGAAUAUAUGUGUGUCUAUACAUCUCAUGCUAUGUUUCUCUUUAUUACACUAUUUGAUUCAAUUACAGUGUACUGUCAACAUAAGAUUGAACAAAUAAAUAAUAAUCUCUA